CGAUGAGCGACCCCGACUGGGCGCGCUCAACCUCGAGAGCCGUCUCUGCUGGCGCGGCGGCGGCCGCCGCCGCGGCGACGACGACUGCUGCGGCAGCAAAAAAGGCGGCCGUCGUGACGGGCGAAUAUGCUGUGCCGGCGGCUGUUAUCGCGGCUGAGCACCUCUCCGUGGCUGCCGCCGUCGGGUACGGCGCCACGUGCAGCGCCGUUGGCCGCGGCUGGCACGCCACCCGCAGCGCCGUCGGUCCACGCCUGGAGCGGGCUGCAGACAUGGCGGCGGAAGAGGUUGCGGUGGCGUGGUCACGCGCGACUGCACGUCUGGGCGAGGCGCUGCUCCCUCUGAGGGAGGGCGUGGCGAGGCUUGCGGAGUCCGAGGCGCUGGAAAAGCUAGCGGAGAGAGCCGCUGCCGCCCUUUCCGCGCUUCGCUGGCUCGCCUCGGUCGCCGAGGGAGCGCCGCUGCUGGCUGCGGCUGCCUGCGGAGGCGGGGGCCUGCUGCUGCUGCGGUGGCGGCUGCGGCGGAGGGCGCCGUGGCUGCUGCAGAGCGUGGCGGCGGCCGGGGAGGGCGGCGGCGAAGGCGCUAGGCACUUCAGCAUGGUGCGUGCCGACGGCGCCGUGCUUCCGCUGCCCGGCCCGCUGCAGCCCGACCUGCCGCUGGCGCUGCCGUCGCCGGCGGCCGGCGCGAGGCCACACCACGCGGAGGCGCGCUGCCGCUGGCUGGCGCAGGUUGUCCAGUAUCGCCCCACCGACGUCGUCCUCGCAUCGUACCCGUACUGCGGCGCUGCCCUCGUCGAGCGGCUGGCGGAAAGCCUCUCCCAGCACGGCGAGGGCCGGGUCACUCUGUCCGAGUUCGAGUACGUCGUCGUGACUCGCAACCCGCUCGACGCAUGCAGCGCCUGCUACCGGCGCGGGUGGGACCCUCGCGCGAGGGGGUGGCCCUUCGAUGCGCACGCCCUCGCCUGGCUGGACGGGCGUGCCGGCGGCUCGUUCGGCGCUACGGGCUCCUUCUGCGACUUUUACCGCGGCUGGCGAGGCGCAGCGCUCCGCUACCCGCCCGCGGGCGGGCGGCACGCAACUCGGAUGGAGGCGCUGCUACUGCAGGCCCCGGGCAGCAGCUGGUGGCGGGAGAAUGGCAGCGAUGCCGUCGGCGUCGGCGACGGCGCGGAGAGGCCGAUGGUGCUGUGGCUGCACCUCGAGGCGCUGCUGCGGGAGCCGGGCAGAGAGGCGGCGAGGCUUGCCGCCUUCCUCGGCCUCGACGCCUCUGACGGCCGUCUGAUCGACGGCGUCGUGUCGGACGCGACAUUCGGCGCGUUGCGCGAGGCGGAGCUGCAGGCGCUGGGCGGGUGGAGGGAGGACUUCGCUCCGCACCCGGGCCUGCGGGGGCGGGUGGAGGCGGCCCUCAAGAGGGAGACGCGCGGUCUGGGGCUGAGGUAUGACCUCGGCGGCGGGGAGGACUUGCAGUGACGUAGCUUGCCCGGCCCGUGUUCGUGAGGAUUCGGGUUCGAGUCCCCCUGGGAGUGUGCGUGCAGCGUGGUGGGUCUGCUGCUGCUGUGGUGGACUGGAGGUAUGGAGGCAUGAUUGGAGGGUGAGGCACUCGCUGCUACCGGUCUUCUCUUCGACUUCGCGCUUUUGCGCACGACUCU